GAAAAGCAAACGCAUUUACUUACAGGCUUCCGUAGCCGACUUACUUUACUGCGUUUGGCGCGCACCCUCCUUUCUUUAUCUACACAUAAAGACAGGCAAGUGACCGCGUGGUUGAAGAUAGUUAUUCGUCACCGACGCUGUUUUCUAGGUUUUACAAGAGGCCAGAAUGGGCAAGAAGCAGAAUACAAAGAGUAAGAAGGACACACAGGAGACGCAGGAAGAGCCUGAAGAGUUUGUUGUGGAAAAAGUACUCGACCAGCGUCUCGUCAAUGGGAAAGUAGAGUUCUACUUGAAGUGGAAAGGAUUUACAGAUGCCGACAACACCUGGGAGCCAGAGGAGAACCUGGACUGUCCUGAGCUGAUUUCUGCAUUUUUGGAAGCGCAAAAGGAAAUUAAGGAGAAGCCUGCUGCUGUUAAAAGGAAAGCCUCCACAGAUGAGCCAGAGACAGAAGCAAAAAAGAAAGAUAUGGCUGAGAAACCACGUGGCUUUGCCAGAAACCUGGAGCCUGAGCGAAUUAUUGGAGCAACAGACAGUAGCGGGGAGUUAAUGUUUCUGAUGAAAUGGAAAGAUUCUGACGAAGCGGAUUUGGUCCCCGCCCGUGAAGCCAACACUCGCUGCCCACAGGUGGUCAUUUCCUUCUACGAGGAGCGACUGACGUGGCAUUCCUGUCCAGAAGAUGAAGCUCAGUAACUGUUGUAGUUUGUGUUGCUCUUUGCAUUACCUCUGCUCCUUUCUCAGGACUCUCUGUUCUGCUGUUGCUCGCCUUAUCCUUUUAGUUACAUGAAUUGAAUAGAUUUUUUUUUUUUUUUUUUUUUACCCUUUUGUGGUUUUCAGAGCUUUAAGGUUGUACAUACUAGUUAAAUGGGCAUUGAGCUGUCAAAGGUGUUGUAAUGUAUGAUCAUUGAAGUCUUCCAAAGUAUUUUUAGGGCCACUAAAUGUCAUACAUGUUAUAACAGCUCAAAUUAACAGGUAUAAGGUUUAAGUUUUUUUUGUUCUCGCUCCGCCUGAUCGCUUUUUUUUUUUCCAGAAACCUUUUGCUAACACUCUGUAAAUGUUUUUUCAAUUUGUAAUAAAGUUUUAUGCAGAAACUUUUUUUUUUUUUUUUCGCUGUGGGGUUUCAGCAGAAGUUGAUGUUUUCAUGUUAAGCAGCAGGUAGUAUUAAUGAGUUGAGAUCUUCAUAAAUGGAUGCAGUGAUUAGUGAUUGUCACAUAUGAGACAAACAUUAUUUGUUCUUGUUAGUUUUUCUGCCAAACUAUUAAAUUUAAGCAACAAGAUGUGUUGGAGCCCCAUUUGUAAUAAGUGAAAUCAAUCUGUGAAAUCUUAUGAUCUCAUCCUUAAAACUGCAGACUUGAUUGAUUUGGAAAAGGGAUUUGUUAGAAAUCUAUUUUACUCUGUGAAGUUCAAUAAAUGAUUUUCUAUUUCAAAGUCU